AUGACUGACGAGAGUAAAUCCGUGGUGUCCGCUAGCGGCAACGCCCAAGUGGUGACUGUCCAGAGUGACUCCUCUACUGCCAUUCCGUUUGGGAUUAAAUUGAAUGGCUCGAACUACACUAUUUGGUCUCAGAUGAUGGAGUUGCAUGCUACCGGUCAAGAAAAAAUUGGUUACUUGACAGGCGAUACUCCUCAGCCCGCUAAAUCCGAUCUCAGUUUCCCAAAGUGGCAGAAGGAGGAUGCCAUCGUCAAGGGUUGGUUGGUGAAAACGAUGGAGCCCGACCUCUUUGGCUUGUUUCUUGGUCUUCCUACUGCUGCCGCUGUUUGGAAUGGUGUCACCCAGAUGUAUUACGAUGGCGCUGAUGAGUCUUAA